UCCAUCGUUAAUCUGUCAAAAGGCGAUAGCCUAUAUUCUUUUGGUAUGAAGCCGUUGUUGUACUCAACAAAAGAUGCAGCCUUGAAUCAGAUAGGUUGGAGAAGAUGCGGAGAUAACAUCAGUUACUUCCGGAAUGACUCGAAUGGCGAGGAUGAGCAGAAUGCAAACUACAUUCUGUCGUUCAACCUAGAAUUUCCACACGACAAUGAUGUUGUCUACUUAGCCCACUGUUACCCCUACACGUAUUCUGAUCUCCAAGACUACCUUAUCAAAUUACAGAAUCAUCCAAUAAAAUCAACUUACAGUAAGCUUCGUCUUCUCUGCCGAUCUCUUGCUGGAAAUAAUGUGUACUACCUCACUGUUACCUCUCCAUGUCUUCCAGAUGAACCUAAAAAAAGGAAAGCGGUUGUAAUCACCGGGAGGGUACAUCCUGGAGAAACACCUUCAUCCUGGAUGAUGAAAGGAUUUAUGGAUUACUUAACAGGAGACUCAGAGCAAGCUAAGGAACUCAGAGACAAAUUUAUCUUCAAACUAGUACCUAUGUUGAAUCCAGACGGUGUAAUCGUCGGUAACAAUCGUUGCUCACUCACAGGAAGAGACUUGAAUCGCCAGUAUCGUACCGUCAUCAGAGAGACAUAUCCCUCUAUCUGGCACACAAAAUUAAUGAUUAGAAGACUGAUGGAAGAGUGUGGAAUCGUAAUGUAUUGUGAUCUCCAUGCCCAUUCAAGAAAACAUAAUGUGUUCAUUUACGGCUGUGAAAAUAAACGUUACCCUGAAAAACGACUCUACGAGCAAGUCUUUCCCUUGAUGUUACAUAAAAAUGCAGCUGACAAGUUUUCGUUUGAAAACUGCAAGUUCCGGAUUCAAAAAUCGAAAGAAGGCACCGGGCGUGUAGUCAUUUGGAUGAUGGGAGUUUGUAAUAGUUACACAAUGGAGGCCUCUUUUGGCGGCUCCACCAUAGGGAGUCGUGUUGAUACUCAUUUUUCCGCUCAAGAUUAUGAGAAUAUUGGGAGAGCAUUUUGUGAAACUCUCCUUGAUUUCUGCGAUGAAGAUCCGUGCAAGGAGCGGCUUCGUUCAAAAAUUGUGAGCAGAUUGGUGAAAGAAGGUUCGAGUGCAGAUGAGCCCACCAACAUUAAUCUCUCGGACUACUCAAGCGAUGAAGGUGAUACAAGCAGUUGCACCGAUGAUGAAACAACAGAUAAACCUACCCUGCCUGCGUCAGCUCCUCCUUCCUCACCUCUGUGUCCUCGUCAAAAAGGAACUCAAAAGCUUAAAGAAACCUCCCCAAAAACAAACAUGUCCCAGCCGCUUUCAUCCUACUCUUCACCUCUACCGCGUAAAAUUUUACAGGUUCAUUGCGCAAACUUGGACAUCUUUAGUCGAGAGAGUGAUGUUGAUUCCGGUGGUGAAAGUCCAGUUGGAGGACAUAUCUCAAGAAGUAUGGAAAGAAAUAAUAUUGGUAGGAUCUUUGGAGAGAAUUUCCAGUUAUUGAAUCGAGGACAUAUGCCUCCUGAGCUAAUGAUAACUACGGCGCAAGUUUAUGACAUGCAAAUUGUGACGGAAGGAAAUACAUCCUUUACAAAGGAAACUAAGGAUACGAAAGAUUUUUAUUCAGAAGUUUGUCAAACAGAUUCCGAUUACAGUUGGAGUCCAGAGAGAUCAAAAUCUCAAGUUACUAGCAAAAUAACGAUUCUCAGAUCUGAUUUCAGUCCUGAAAUCCGCGUGGGCUUUCAUAGAUCUGUUUCUCUCCAACAGAGGCUCUGGAGUAGAUCUGAUUUAGAGGCUGGACUUCUGGCGUGGAGCUCACCAAUACUUUGUACGGACACAGCAAUCUUAAGGUCGUGUUCGCACAAGUUAUCUCUACUGAAGGAGCAUCGAGGAAAAGGGAAAGCAAAAUCGACCAAUCGAGAAAAGAAACAAGAAAAAGCAGCUCUUUCGCGAAAUAAGUACAAGCAGGCAAUUAUGAGAGUCGAAGAUGCCGAACUGAUCGGUGAAAAAGCCGAAUACGCAGAGCACUUAGAUGUCAAAUAUACAAAAUUAAAGAAGAAAAAAAUCAAGAAGAAAGGAUUGGGGAAGCAAUCCCUGGAGAUCCCUCAAAAAGCCUUAAGAAAAGGAGACUCCGCGUCAAGCUCUUCUAAUUCAGGUGGCGUUAGUAAAGCAGAAAUCAUGAAAAUCCAAAAUCAGAUGCCAGAAGAUGAUAAAGCGACUAGAAGCAGGAAGAAGAAAAAGCAGAGGUUUGUCAACAUUCAUCGCAAAAUCCGUAAAGUCAUCAACGCUGUUACAACGUCCAAUGGAGACCGAUCGGUCUGCUCAAAUGAAGAUUAUAAACCCAUAUGAUAGAAUAUUAGCAUAAUUAUCAUGACUCACACAGUAUGCGCACUGGCUUUAGUUACCUAAACUGACCAAUUUAUACAUUGAAAAGAGUUACGAAAACGACAACGAAAAUGAAUGAAUGAAAAGUGGUUUUCCCCACAUUUUUGCUCAAACCUGUCAUCUAUUGGAAAUUGAUUUUUCUGUAUAAAUCCCAAAGUUUUUUUUUUCUUUUUUAAAGAAAUCUCCAAAUAAAAUUCUCUUUUUCUAA